AUGCCGCAACUGCGAGGUGGACGAGACACCCUGUCUCAUGGCGCGGUGCCGUCGUGGCAGGAUCAUCUCUUCUACGCCGGCCGAAGCGAAAGCAUUCAACAUGGCGUUCAACCAUCGACCAAGAUAUCUAACAACGCCAUGGCCGUCCUGAAUUCAAUGACAUCCUUAGGGGACGUGCCGCCGGGUCUGGACAGACUCCAGAUGCCGUUAGUUCAACCUCCAGAAGGUAUCCCUCCACGAGAACUGCGAGCAUUCUUCCAGCCACUCCCCAAACGCUUUACAGACGCAGAUAUAGCAUAUCUGAGAAGCAAGGGUGCCCUGGAUCUGCCUCACGAAAGACUUCUAAAUGAAACCAUCCGAUGUUACUUCGAAUAUAUUCACCCUUUCCUCCCUCUGCUCGACCCGGCCGAGCUCCUGAUCGUGGUAGAUGGGGCCAGCAGCUAUCAAUCUGGGCCGCAACUCAGCUUACUACUGUUUCAUAGCGUCUUGUUUGCCGCGGUUCCGUUCGUCGAUGAAAGCCUUGUCAGGGAAGCAGGAUAUGCCAACCUGAAGACGGCUCGAAAGGCUUUCUUCGAAAAGGCAAAGCUUCUAUACGACAUGGAUUUUGAAUACGACAGCAUCACUAUCAUUCAAUCUGUGUUGCUCAUGAGCUUUUGGUCCGAUAGGCAAACACAAGACGCCCACAAACAAACCUGGCAUUGGGUCAACAUCGGCAUCUCCCUCGCCCAGACAAUCGGACUGAACCAAGAUCCCGCGUCUCUGCCGCUCCCGCCCAAAAAGAAGAGUCUGCGGAAGCGGCUGUGGUGGUGCUGCUUCUUGCGAGACCGGGUUAUUUCUCUCUAUCUGAGUCGCCCAUUACGGAUACAGGGAGAGGAAUUCAAUGUCCCUUUGCCGACAGUGGAAGACAUGGAGAUUGACAGUCCCUGCACUUCGCUGAACUCGGAUACGUCUUCACACCGUCGACUCCAUCUGUCCUGCUACGACCGGACCACGCAGACUGAGUUGGCAGAAAUCUUCAUCUCAUUCCUCAAGCUCUGCAUCGUGAUAGGAACCAUUAUGUCUGCCCAGUACUCUCCGCUCAGACCGCCUUCUGGGACUCGAAACAGAGCUGCCAGGACGACUUUGCCGGCCAUGCUCUUCCCCGUCCACAGUCCGAACUCGGAGCCGACUACCGCCACGCCAACCGAGUCUGCUAUAUCGCCCCUCGAGUCGACACUCCAGGAGUGGUACGACACUCUCCCUCGUUCAGUCCGCUUUUGGGACGAACUGCCGAAACCGCGGCAUUCGGGGUGGGCUGACAUUGUUCAAGACAUUCGACCUGCGAGGGAGAGACAAGGAAUCAAGACCGACUCCUCCAGAGCGCCGAGUGUGGUCGUCCAACGCGCCGUCUUGCACAUGUGCUACUACACCGCUGUUUCCGCACUGCAUCGUUCCCAGAACAAGUCCCGCCACUCCCAGGACCAGGUUUCGGAUUCGGCGAGCAGCAUCGCCAGGAUCUCGGCCUUCUUGAAUGACAAAGGCCUCGUGCGCUACCUCCCUGUCACUGCAAUCACAAUGCUGGUGCCCAGCAUCAUCAACAACGCUCUACGCAUCAAGUCUAUCGUUCAAAAGGCCCACCGCGGCAAAGGAAAUCCGGCCCACGACGACGAGAUGGUGAGAGCGCGAGACAACGUCAACAGCCUCCUCAUUUCUCUCAAGACGCUCCAGAAGGUGUACGUGGCUGCAGACUGGGUGGCACUCCUGGUUGAGGCUAUGCUCAACCAUGCGAAGAUACGGAUUGUGCUGCCCCAGCAGGGUGCCGUGCGGCUUUACGCAGGAAAUGGAGCCAGACCCCGAGCCUUCGAAUUGGAGUGUCGGAUUCAGCCGGUAGACUCGUCCAAGACUCUGUCGGUCCGGGAUGAAUCACUGCCAACACCCGCCACCACGGUGAAUUCACAGCAAAUCCACGGUCUGCAGAGCGAUCCCACUCUGUCGACGGACCUGCAUCGCGCCGACAUCGAUGGGUGUGCCACCGAUGCGGAGAACAGUUGGCGGGAGCUGAUCAGUCCAAACGACAAUCACCCCUUCGACGUCGCCGUAGAUGAGAUCAUGUGGGAUUCGACGUUCAACCCCGACAGCGUCGAUGCGACGUCACAGUGGAACUUUGGCAGUAUCGGGAUCGAAGGGUUUGACGAAAACGUGGAUGGCAUGAUACCCUGGGACGGGACCGAUGUAGACUGGCUGGCCUAAUGUAGGGAGAGACA